AUGGAGUGGGAGAAGGACAUACAGUUUCGAGGAUGGAACAGCAAGAGUACCAAGGGUAAUAAUUACGUUUUUUGCAAGGCAUGCUGUGUGCAUUUGACCGCUGGGAAGUGUGACUUGGAGAAACACGCGGCAACAAGAAAACACUGGUCAAACGCAAAGAAGCUGAUUGGCCAGCAAACCCUACUCAGCAUGCCCUCUACAAGUCAAGCGACACACAAAGGCAACCAGUGUGUCCGCCAAUGUUGCAAAAACAAAAUAGCAUGUAGCCGAACGAAAGCUACAGCUAUAGUGAAAAAUGUCACGGGUCAUCAAAGUAAGGAGGAGCUUUGUGAGCCUUUAAGGAACAACAAGUUUUCGUUGAUGGUCGACGAGUCAACAGACGGCAGCUGCUGCAAGCUUCUCUGCUUGGUUACACGUGUGUUCAAUGGAGAGCGCGUCGUGGACGCUUUCUUUGACUUGCUUCAGAUCCAAGACGCAACCGCACGAACCUUGUAUGAGCACAUUGUCAAGGCUUUUACGGACUGGCGCAUUCCCUGCAAAGAAAACAUGAUCAGAUUCGCGGCUGAUGGGGCGAAUGUCAUGAUGGGAACGAGGAACUCAGUCAUGACGCUUCUGCGACAGGACAUCCCUAAGCUGUUUACCAUGAAAUGUGUCUGUCAUUCUUUCCAUCUCUGCGCAUCCUAUGCCUCUGAGAAGCUGCCACGAGUAGUUGAAGACCAAGUCCGGGACAUCCACAACUACUUCCACUCCAGCCCGAAAAGACAGGGAAGACUGAAAGCUUUCCAAGCAUUUCUUGAGAGUGAACCUCACAAGCUCCUGCACGCAAGCCAGACUCGAUGGCUAUCUCUUCAUUCCGUUGUCACGAGAGUCCUGGAGCAGUACGAGCCUCUGAAGUACUUCUUCGCCGAAGAAGUAGGAACAUCACGCCUGUUGGCGCCACAGACAAUCUACAAAGGCUGGAAGACCCGCUUGUUCGGAUGUACCUGGAGUUCCUGGAGUUCGUCCUCCCUAUUUUUACGAACCUAAACAAGCAGAUGCAGUCUGAGGCUCCUCAAAUCCACACGCUGAGAAAAACGAUCUUUGAUGCCUUGAGAACCAUCUUGGACUGUUACAUGAAGAGUUCCUACUUAAUGUCAACGCCAAUCGAAGCAGUCGAGUUCAAGAACCCGGCCCAUUUCCUCAAAAUUGAAGACAUGUAUCUCGGAGCCAAGGUAACGUGCUCACUUGUCAAGGAAACCAGCCUCUCAUCAGCUCACAUGGAAGG